AUGAUGGAUAAGCCCAAAAUCUUGAUCAAGAAGAAUCUACAAAAAGAAAAACAGAUUGCUGUGCAUCCACUGUCACAGAGAAAACCUUCUGUCACACCUUCAAAUGCUACCCUAUCCUUACUUCAACCUUCUUUCAAAUUCUUGGCCACAAAUUCCACCACCUCAUCGCCUAGAGCUUUGUCAAUGAACAAAGUAACCAAGAGCCUUGAACCAUCAUCAAGUGAGGUUAGAAACAUUUCCUUCAACUACAAGCUACAAGAAAUUAUUCCAAAAAGUGACAGGGUUAAGGAAGAGGGAUUCACAUGCAGUGCACUUUGCAUGCAUCUUCCAGGGUUUGGCAAAACAAAGCCAGUUAAAGCAAGAAAGGCAGAAACCCAAAUGCAUGCUGCCGUGAACCCUGUCCCUGUGUUAUCAAAGCCAAAUUCUUUGGAAAAAUUUGAACGUAGUUCCCUGGUUUCAAAAGCAAGAAUUCAUGAAAAUGAAGGAGAUAACUCAUUCAGUUCCUACUUUGAUUUGCCGUCUGAGUUGUUUAAAUUCAGAAGCCAUAAUGCAUAA